AUGAUAUUACGAACCGAUAUUUUUCCAAAAUGUCCAAGAGAUACGAUAAUAACAUGUUUAUUAUUGCUGCUAAUUCCAACAGGCUAUUAUUUUCAACUUUUUGUAGUCAUUCCAGCAUACCAUGAAAUAUGGAGUCCCGCUUAUUAUUUUCAUUUUAUCCUAAUGAAUUUUCUAUUAUUUAACGUGUGUACAAAUUUAAUUGGAACCGUAUUCGUAGAUACAAGCAUAAAAGGAUUGUUAGUGACAUCAAAAUCAAAGCCAGGUUGGAGAUACUGCACUGAAUGUCAAUCUUAUGCCCCGCCGAGAUCGUGGCACUGCAAGACAUGCAAAAUUUGUAUUCGUCAAAGAGAUCAUCACUGUAUAUUCACCAGUUGCUGUAUAGGACUUGAAAACCAAAGAUACUAUUUGGUGUUUGUAUCCUACAUGUUCAUUUCUGAACUUAUUUGUGCUUAUUACAGUAUUUAUUAUUUAAAGGAUUAUUUAAUUGACGAUUUUUCCACGAGCUCAAUUUUGAAAUUUAUAUUUCCUGUGUGUUCGAUGUUUUUCGAGUUCAACACGAAACAGUUACAACUCGUUUUCAUCAAGCUCAUUUUUACCGGUAUGCUUGGGAACGGAAUUUUGUUGCAUUUCCAUAUAGGUUUGAUGUUUAGAAAUCUGCUCACAUACGAAAGGAAUUCGAAGAGUAAAUGCGAUAGGGGAAAAUUGUAUAAUACCAAAGUUGCAUUGGGGGAGAGAUGGUAUUUGGUUUGGAUUGCACCUUGGAUAGUUAGCAACACUCCUUCAGAGGCGAUUUACUGCGAUCAUUUUGAAACAACCAAAGAUACUUAA